AUGUCUGCACUUCCAAUAUCUUCUUCCUUUGUCGCGGAAUGGGCGAAGGCCCAACAGACCCGUGGGCAGAAACCAAAGAACUCUUCGGUGUUCUAUCGGAACCUUGAGGAGGAACUUGAUAUCAGCAGAGCCCAGCAUAGCUGUGCAAUGCUGCAUAAUCAGGACACUCCCAUUGACUUCUCAUCCUGCGACGUUCUCGGGAUUGGGCAAUCCGGGGCCUUGAGAGCUGCCUUUUUAGAAGAGCUUGAUCGCAACCCCUCGUUUCAACUGGGUGCCCACGGAACCAGAUUACUGAAUGGAAACUCGAAAUACCUCGAAACCGUUGAGAAUGAGGUCGCAGAGCUGCACGGGGCUGAAACAGCCCUCAUCGUGAACUCAUCAGCCAUUGCCAACGAUGCCAUCUUUUCUGCUAUUCCACUUCCGGGUGACGCCAUCGUGUAUGAUGAGCUCAUUCAUGCUAGUGCCCUCGAUGGGUUCAAGCAUAGUGUGGCUCUUUGCCAGAAGUCGUUCCGUCACAACGAUGUUGGCUCCUUUGUGGAAAUUCUGACGGAUGUGAAGAAUUCACAGCCUCAAAUCCGUAAUGGCACUCGAUGCGUCAUCAUUGCGGUCGAAUCCUUCUACAGCAUGGAUGGGGAUGUUUGCCCACUGCAAGAGUUGAUUGAAGCCGCCAAGGAAACUUUCCCCGAUGGCAAUGCUCAAUUUGUCAUGGACGAGGCCCAUAGCAGCGGCCAUAUUGGCCCAAAUGGUGCAGGCCUGGUCAGUGAAUUGGGACUCGAGAAAGAGGUUGCGGUCCGCAAUCACACUCUCGGAAAGACUCUCUGUGGUACCGGUGGAGUUAUUCUAUGCAAUUCUACCAUUCGAAAGAUCUUAAUCAACCGCGCGCGACCUAUCAUGUUCUCUAUAGCGCCAUCAUUCCCACUGUGUGCCGCAACACGAGUGGGCUACAAGAUGCUAAGGUCUGGAGAGACCAUGGAGGCACAAAGUAGAGUUCAACACGUGGUAAAGCUAUUCUUGACAACUAUCACCUCUCACCCUGUUUGGGAUCGUGCGAACGAUGCCGGUAUUCUGCGUAUUCCUCUUUAUGAGGAAGAUGACUGGGAUUCCCUACCAUUCGUAACUCAGAUCUGCCCCAUAUGGACUCGUCCCAAGCACAAUUUCUAUCUUGCCAUUCAUCUUCAGUUGGCAGGGUACUCAGUGUAUCCAAUCAGCUUCCCUGUGGUGCCAAAGGGAUCUGAUAGAAUUCGCAUCAUAUUCCACGCACAGAACACGGAUUCUGAAAUCCAGGGACUCGCCCAGUGUACCUGUGAAUGGGCCGAGGAGAUGCUUCAGAUUCAGAGAGAUGGAGGCGGAAUCAAACUUCCAGCUGCCGCCCGCCAUGCUUACAGCCUGAUGACCAAAGAGAGUUUGAAUGGCUCCAACUAG